AUGGUCCAGAAAGUCCAUCAAAGGAGCAGAUUAAGGAGCACCAAGUCAAUGAUUUGGAGAAGAAAUAUUACAGAAAUCACCUAUGCUAUCCUCUUGGGAUUCUCAGAUUUUCCAAGAAUCAUAACAGGACUGUUUGUUGUAUUCCUGUUGAUCUACACUAUGACUCUGACUUGGAACCUGAGACUCAUUUUCUUAGUAAGAAUGGACUCCCACCUCCACACACCCACGUACUCCUUCUUGGAUAACUUGUCCUUCUUAGAUAUCUGUUAUUUGACUUCCAUAAUCCCCAAAAUGCUCUCCAACUUCGUCCAAGAGCAGCAAAUAAUUACCUUUGUGGGUUGUGCUGUUCAGGGCUUUGUCUUUUCAACCAUGGGCCUGAGUGGAUCUUGUCUCAGGACAGCCGUGGCUUAUGACCGACAUGCUGCCAUGUAUAAUCCACUUCUCUGUUCAUCAAUCAUGUCACCCACCCUCUGUGUUUGGAUGGCACCGAGGUCCUGUUUGGCUGGACUCUUUCUUCCAUAUUCCAAUUGUGUGGCCUGCUUCAGCUCCAUCUCUGUGGGCUUAAAUGUCACACACCACUUCUUCUGUGACAUGCCCCAACUGCUAGUCCUGUUCUGCAUGGACACUUUCUUUGUACAACUCAUGACUGCUGUAUUAACACUGACCUUUGGGGUGAUAAAUGCUCUAGUUGCUAUGAUAUCCUUGUGUAUUGUCAUCUCCAUCAUGAAGAUCAUUUCAACUAAAGGCAGAUCCAAGGCUGUCAACACCUGUGCUUCUCACAUGACAGCGGUCACCCUCUUUUAUGCCUCAAGUAUGUUUGUCUUCUUGAGUUCCAGCUCUGUAGGUUCCUCCAGCUUCGACAGAUUUAUAUCGACCUUCUACAACAUGGUGAUUUCCAUGCGGAAUCCCUUGAUUUACAGUCAGAGGAACAAGGAAAUCAAAGAUGCCUUGAAGGGGUUUGCAAAAGGAGAGAGGCCAUUGUAG